GAUCCUUCCUGCCUGUACCCAGCGCCCACUUCAAUUUCUACGAGUUGGACAGCGUUUCGUAUUCUUACCAGCAAUCCGCAAGCAAGCGGGACUGGAAUUUGAUUUGCUUAUGUUAAAAACAUGGCUUGCUCAGAGGAAGCGGAGGCCCAGUUCUCAGAGAUAGAGCUGUUAUUAAGUAUGUUUCCAAGUGAAGAAGAGUUACUGGUGGAUCAGCUCUCUCACGCGGAGCUCCGGGCUUUUGUGGAGGGCUCAGCUGAUACUCCUCCCAGCACCAGACCACAGCUCUCUAUCAAUGUGAAGGUGGACAACCCUGAAGUGAGCAUUACAUUGUCCUGCACUUACCCAAAAGACUACCCGAAAGUACUGCCAGAGAUUACUGUCAGAUGUCCUGAGCUCACUAGAGCGCAGCAGAUGCAGCUUCACUCCGAACUCAACACCUACCUCUCUGCAAACUGCUGCGGUGAAGUGUGUGUUCUGUCUGCCGUGCAGUGGAUCCAAGACAAUGCACUAACAUACAUCAGUAAAAGCAUUCCUGUCAGUGAGCCCAAGAAGGAAAUUGUCUCGAUGCCAUCAAAAGAGACUUUCACCAGACUUUGGAUCUACAGUCAUCACAUUUACAAUAAGUUCAAGAGGAAGAACAUUCUGGAAUGGUCUAAGGAGCUGAACCUCUCAGGGUUCAGUAUGCCAGGGAAGCCUGGUAUUGUGUGUGUGGAGGGGCUGCAGUCUGCCUGCGAUGAGUUCUGGGCGAGGGUGAAAGUUUUAACAUGGAAGAGAAUUAUGAUUCGUCACAGAGAGGAUUUCCCUCUGGAAAGCAGCUGGUCAGAGGAGAGAAUUGACUCCCUUCGCAAAUUCACAAGUUUUCAUGAAGCGAUUUUUGACCCCCACGGGAACAGAGGAAACCACAUGGACCUUGGACAGCUCUAUCAGUUCCUUCAUGACAAAGGAUGUGCUGAUAUCUUUCAAAUGUACUUUGGGAUUGAGGGAAGAUAAUUGUGUUUGUUUGUUUAUCUGUGUGUGUGUGUGUGUGUGUGUGUGUGUGUGUGUGUGUGUGUGUGUGCGCGUGCGUGCGUGCGUGUGUUUGGGAUGGGGUCUCUCAUUAUAUGACGAGAAACAACAUUUCAGCCUUCAUUUUUAGGUUCACCAAAAAAUUUAAAUGUAAAAAAUAUAUUUUGAAAUUUGAAACACUUUAUUGAAUUAUGCAAUUAAGAUAAGAUAAACCCAUUCUAAUGCAGUAUGAGUUGUAACACGGGUACCUGUUUUUUUAUAGUCAAUCCUACAUACAUGUGUAUCGCACAAGACUGUAGUUCAUUGAAAUGGCCACAAGAAGGGUUCUACGUAAGAAUUCAGCCGUUAUUGUGUGUCAAUGGAAACUUUUCAGUUUAGUUUAAAUGGACUGGAUAUAAUGAUUUAAAUAAAACAUGAGAGUGAGUAAAUGAUAACAGAUAACAGAAUGUUCUAUUUUGGGUGAACUGUACCUUUAAAGGGACAGUUCACCCAAAAAUGAAAAUUCUCUCAUUUACUCACCCCCCAUACCAUACCAGAUGUGAAUUAUUUUCUUUCUUCUUCAGAUCAAAAAUUAAGAUUUUUAGAAGAAUAU